AUGUCGUAUCCAUCAGAGAGAGAUAUGGCUACCACUGCCAGCACACACGAGCGAGAAUCUGAUAAUCAAGCAGAGAUCGGAGAUCCUCAUUCCGAGGUAGGAGAGGCAACACAGCACCCCCCUCCGUCUCCUGUCGUGCACAUCAAUCAGCGAACCGAUCUAGGCCUUCCACUAGCUGAGCCGUCAGAAUCAUCUACCAGGCAUCACGAUACUCAGCAGCAUACAGCAUCAUCAACAGGAAACGUGUUGGUUGAACCCCCAAGUUCAGACCUUUCCUCCGUAGGAAGUAGAUCACCUUCUCUCCCUGCAGCGUAUCUGGAAGACACAGCACGCGAGUCUUCAGAUCUCGAUCCAGAUAGGACGUUAUCUGAUGAUUCUUCGGAAGACUCUGAAGAGACAGUCCCUCCAAUACCGGGUCCUCUUGGAUUCUACAGAGAUGAAGCAGUGCCGAUUCGAGGCCGUCUCGUACAGGGUUUCUACUCACCGGCGCCUCGUAGGGUCACUAAUUCAAUUCUUGCGAACUUACCACCACGUCGCGUCUCCCAAAGAGACGGAGGAUCUGCUACUCCGACUGGAGAUACUACUGAAGAAGAAGUUCAGUCAGACGAGGAACAGAUCGUGCCACGAAGAGUUCAGCGCCCUCCCAUCUAUAUGACUGGUAGACCCAGACCUGGAGUUUCUGCAAGAGUUGCAAGAGAACAGGCAUAUGGUGGCCCUCGGGUACCUACUCCUGAGGGCACCACGCGGAUCAUGGUGAUUCGUGAUGGUGCUGUAGUUGGCGAAGAGUUCCAGACUAUGGAACAAAUUGCCAACGAGCUUAGUGCAAGGAGAGCUCGAGCAAUUCAGGACCGAGCAACAGAAGCAAACCAGUCCACUGCUGAGCAACAGCAAGGCUCAGACGCUGUUGAUAGCUCUCCAAGUGACGGCUUGGGAGAAAUCAACGCUGGAGCAGAGCAUGUUGAUGUUAAAAAGGAAGAGGAAACUGAAGAUAUUCAGCCAAUGGAGAUCAUCCCAGCAUCAACAUCACCAGAUGCAGAUAAUAUAGCAAUGCUUCUCGCUGCCGCCGCAGAAAGUGAUCGCCGAGACGCAGACCGUCGGGAUGCAGAAAUUCGGGGGUACCAUCAGAGAGAAAUAGAUGCUGCAGAAGGAAUGCUCAUAUUUCAGCCACAGGUGUUGGCAUUUCCAAAUGCCAAUAUCCAGACAUGCUCAAGCAGCUCGACAUCAACAGGCACUUAUACCAGCUCCCAAGGCCCUCACUCUGGGGAACACGUUCAGCCAGCUCCCAAAAAGUGUGCCUCCGCCAAGAGGUCACAGGCAAGAAUGAAGCAGCAGAUGCAACAGGAAAGACAGAUGAACAACGGGGUUUCUAUUCUGGGGCCUACGGCUGAGCAUAGGAGACUCACUAGGAACAUGCUUGCACAACCUUCUUGUAAGGAUGAUGACAGCAAUGCUAGUCUUCCCUUUAUUCAUCCUGAAUUCCGUUCGCCAAAGAAGAAGGUAGAAGAGAUAGAUCCAACUCCAGUACAAAUGGCAACUCGACGACAGCCUCCUCGUGGACGAGGUUCUGGACGUGACACUCCAGUCACUCCACAGUCUGAACAAAUGAUGACUACGGCCCCUCGUACCCCUGAGCCGCCUCUGGAGCCAUUCCGCCCUUCACCGCCUACCAUUGUCGUCACUCAACCUCAAGCUGAGGAACCAAAUGCUACAACUGCGAUGGCGAACUCGGAUGGUGGGGUUGUUCAAUCAACUGAGCAGCCAGGAGGAGAAGGAGAUGAUGAUAUUUAUAAUGCCUGA